AUGUCCAUAAAAGAAUGGCUUGGCAUUGAUAAGAUACAAAAGCUUGCAAAUAUGGUGAAGCAGAUGGGAGGUGUUAAAGCAGCACUGAAGAAGAGAUAUUUGAUGGAUGUUACACGUGUUGGUACGCUUGUUGGGACUGAUAAGUUCGGUAAUCGCUAUUAUGAGGACAACUCUUUUUUUAUGCCACGGAAUCGGUGGGUGGAGUAUCCCGACAAGGUAUGGCUUGACUAUGAUCCUUCACAAAUUCCGCCUGAGUGGCAUCGAUGGCUUCACCAUAUAUGCGAUGAUCCACCUUCUGUUAAGCCACUCCAUAGUGAAAAAUGGGUGCUACAACAUGAAGAGAAUCUUUCGAUUUUUGAAGAUAAGAAAUACAUCCCCUACUCGACAACUCGUACAAAGAUUCAAGGUUGGCAGCCAGGACAAAAGAAACAGGACUAG